CAAUAGACUGUAGGACUGCUAAGGGGCACAUGCGCAGCUCGAAAUCCCCAGCAGUACCAACGGUGAGUCCGACGGCAGCAGCCAGCGGAGCGUCCAUCUCCAGUUUCCUUUAAUCAGACACCAACAGCUUCGACAUACCGCCCCCAAUUUCAGCCUCGGUACGGAGCCGCCAGGCCGGGACAGAGACGGAGAGAGAGGCCUCGGCCAUGGAAGCGCUCGGACCAGGCCCGCCCGCCCCCACCUCUCUCUUCCAGCCUCCGCGGCGUCCCGGCCUCGGCACGGUGGGGAAACCCAUCCGGCUCCUUGCCAACCACUUCCAGGUUCAGAUACCCAAGAUUGAUGUCUACCACUACGACAUCGAGAUCAAGCCAGAGAAACGUCCCCGGCGGGUCAACAGGGAGGUGGUGGACACCAUGGUGCGGCACUUUAAGAUGCAGAUCUUUGGGGACCGGCAGCCGGGCUACGACGGGAAGAGGAACAUGUACACAGCUCAUCCGCUACCGAUUGGCAGAGACAGGGUGGACCUGGAGGUGACCCUGCCGGGCGAGGGGAAGGACCAGACCUUCAAGGUUUCCCUGCAGUGGGUGUCGGUGGUGAGCCUGCAGAUGCUGCUGGAGGCGCUGUCGGGUCACCUGAACGAGGUUCCCGAGGACUCGGUCCAGGCGCUGGACGUCAUCACACGGCAUCUGCCCUCCAUGAGGUACACCCCGGUGGGGCGCUCCUUCUUCUCUCCCCCAGAGGGAUACUACCACCCUCUGGGCGGAGGCCGGGAGGUUUGGUUUGGCUUCCAUCAGUCCGUCCGGCCGGCCAUGUGGAACAUGAUGCUCAACAUCGACGUGUCGGCUACGGCUUUUUACCGCGCUCAGCCCGUCAUCGAGUUCAUGUGCGAAGUGCUGGACAUCCAAAACAUCAACGAACAGACCAAACCGCUGACGGACUCUCAGAGGGUCAAGUUCACCAAGGAGAUCCGAGGUCUGAAGGUGGAAGUGACGCACUGUGGCCAGAUGAAGAGGAAGUACCGUGUGUUCCCGCUGCAGCUGGAGAACGGCCAGGCCAUGGAGUGCACGGUGGCCCAGUACUUCAAGCAGAAGUACAGCCUGCAGCUCAAGUAUCCUCAUUUACCCUGCCUGCAAGUCGGGCAGGAGCAGAAGCACACCUACCUUCCUCUGGAGGUCUGCAACAUCGUGGCCGGCCAGCGCUGCAUCAAGAAGCUCACAGACAACCAGACGUCCACCAUGAUCAAAGCUACGGCGCGCUCUGCCCCCGACCGGCAGGAGGAGAUCAGCCGCCUGGUCAAAAGCAACAGCAUGGUCGGAGGCCCGGACCCCUACCUGAAAGAGUUCGGCAUCGUUGUGCACAACGACAUGACGGAGGUGACGGGGCGUGUUCUCCCAGCGCCCAUGCUGCAGUAUGGGGGCCGGAAUAAGACCGUGGCCACGCCCAACCAGGGGGUGUGGGAUAUGAGAGGGAAGCAGUUCUAUGCCGGCAUAGAGAUCAAGGUGUGGGCUGUGGCCUGCUUUGCCCCCCAGAAACAAUGUCGGGAGGACCUGCUCAAGAGCUUCACCGACCAGCUGAGGAAGAUCUCCAAAGAUGCUGGGAUGCCGAUCCAGGGCCAGCCGUGCUUCUGUAAAUACGCCCAGGGAGCCGACAGCGUGGAGCCCAUGUUCAAACACCUCAAGAUGUCCUACGUAGGUCUGCAGCUGAUCGUUGUCAUCCUGCCUGGAAAAACGCCCGUCUACGCUGAGGUGAAGCGGGUGGGAGACACCCUGCUGGGCAUGGCCACGCAGUGCGUCCAGGUGAAGAACGUGGUGAAGACGUCGCCCCAGACUCUGUCCAACCUCUGCCUGAAGAUCAAUGCCAAACUGGGAGGCAUCAACAACGUCCUGGUUCCUCAUCAGAGGCCCUCCGUCUUCCAGCAGCCCGUCAUCUUCCUCGGCGCCGACGUCACUCAUCCUCCAGCGGGCGAUGGAAAGAAACCGUCCAUUGCAGCGGUGGUGGGAAGCAUGGAUGGUCACCCCAGCCGAUACUGUGCAACGGUUCGAGUCCAGACGUCCCGACAGGACAUGUCCCAGGAGCAACUCUUCAGUCAGGAAGUGAUCCAAGAUUUGACCAACAUGGUGCGGGAGCUGCUCAUCCAGUUCUACAAGUCGACCCGCUUCAAGCCCACACGGAUCAUUUACUACCGCGGUGGCGUGUCCGAGGGACAGAUGAAGCAGGUGGCGUGGCCGGAGCUGAUUGCCAUCAGGAAGGCAUGCAUCAGUCUGGAGGAAGACUACAGGCCCGGAAUCACCUACAUCGUGGUCCAGAAGCGCCACCACACUCGCCUGUUCUGCUCCGACAAAGCCGAGCGGGUUGGGAAGAGUGGGAAUGUUCCGGCUGGGACCACAGUGGACAGCACCAUCACACACCCGUCUGAGUUCGACUUCUACCUGUGCAGCCACGCUGGAAUUCAGGGAACCAGCCGUCCCUCCCACUAUCACGUCCUGUGGGACGACAACUGCUUCACAGCCGACGAACUGCAGCUCCUCACCUAUCAACUGUGCCACACCUACGUCCGCUGCACGCGCUCCGUCUCCAUCCCGGCCCCGGCCUAUUACGCCCGGCUGGUGGCCUUCCGCGCUCGCUACCACCUGGUGGACAAAGACCACGACAGCGCUGAGGGCAGCCACGUGUCGGGUCAGAGUAACGGCCGGGACCCGCAGGCGCUGGCCAAGGCCGUCCAGAUCCACUAUGACACUCAGCACACCAUGUACUUCGCCUGAGCUGAGCGUCUUCCUGUGGAUCUUCUCCUCUUCCUCGUCUCUCUUCUUCAUCACUCUGUUUUUAUUUUCUGACUCUGCACCAAAGCGGCUCGGCUGCCGGUCGAACGCAGCAUCGCGGGGCGCUUUCUGACCGGCGCUUUCCUGUCCGGGCCGCCGUUUCUCAACCAGCAACCUAGCACUGCGGGCCCCCGGGGGCCCCGAUGCACAACCGAAAAAACAAAAACAAACCCCACACACACAAACGACCAGUCGAGCCAUUGUUUUGAGUUUGUUUUUGUUUUUUCCUCUAUGAAUGUCUGCACUCGUGGCGUGUUUGUAAGAAACUCGGCGCCGCGGAGCGCCGCCUGGGCGCGUCCUCGGCUCUGCCAGCUAAGCAGGACUCUGAUCUACUUUACCUCAAAGCCCCUCGGGGCCAAAUCUGUCACAAGGUCUGGGGUUCGUCGGGUGGUGGGAGGGAGGCGCAGGGGCUCGACCUUUUAAGAAUGAAAUAUUAUAUAUAUUAUAUUUUUCCUUUUUAUGAGUGUGUGUUGAAACUUCUUCUCCUUUUCGGUCUUUUACAAGCGAGGUGACCUGUGUGUCCAUGCUUCCCCUCAUCUGUGUGUGUGUUGGUGCUGUAUGAGUGUGUGUUUGAUGGCAGGCCACUGAACUGUAAAGGGAAACUAGGAGAGAACUGCUGUAAAUGCCUCAGAUGACUCGUUUUAUAUUCAAACAUACAGGACAUAUAAGCAUAUAUUUACACCUGCAGAGCAGCGCCUCCUGGAGGCAGUGGAGGGAAUCUGUGGGGGUGUAGCAGGGGGGUGGGAGCUGAAGGUGGCGCUGCCAGCCGGGUUUGUUGGCGGCCUCCUCAUUGCACUGAUCCGAGGCCGCUCUAUCAGUCUCUUUAUGCAUUUCUACAUCCAACGAAGCAGAUUUGUAAAGUUUAAUAUAAAGCGUUUGGUGGUUGUUGUUUAGAGCUCGUAGUUUACCCUCGAUGUCGUCGUUGUUGUUUAUUGUUGUCGAUGUUACUGUUGUGAUUAACUUUUACGGCGGCCGGCCGGCGGCGGGUUUAAUCUUUAUUUGUAGCAUUCUGGUUCAGGCUGAGGAGGAGGAGGGUGGAUUCAUGCUUCCUCUCAUGUGAUUGGUUCAGUGUAGCAGCUUCCGAUCGGAUCGAUGGAGACAAUCAGGAGGGAUCUAAACGACUUCACCGGAGCAAACUCACCGCCAAGUCUGGGCCGUGUUGGCUUCGUGUUCUUAUUUUUUAACACUGGACUAAACUAGCACUGCGUUGAUGACAGUGGAGCCCCCUAGUGGUGUGAGGCAGGAGUGGCCGGCGUGCACGCCUCAUUCAGGUGGGGGCGCUCAGCAGAAACCCUUUGUAAUAAACCGCCCAUAAAGCUGCAGGUUUACUAUGAAUGAGUUUGAGCACCUUCCUGUUGGCGGCGUGCACACUGGCGCGGCGCGGCGCGGUGGGGGGCGGGGCUUAUGAUCACUCCCAGAGCAAUAGGAACCUCGAUCAAACGAAGCGAUAAUGAAUCUCCUCUUCUGUAACUGAUUAUUAUUUUCUGAAGCUUGGUUUGUUUUCUUUGCUCCUGUCAAUCAGUGGCGUCAGCUGGACGUUUAGUGUUGCCGUAUGCGUUCAGCUGGCAACGUUGACGCCCAUCCGUUGACGUCAACCUGCGUUUGGUGGCGUUGACGUCGUAGUUUAGACCGUUUCCUUUAACUCGUUGUAGAUUUGCUCGCCUGCAUGCUGGAGUUUCGUCCUUUUAAAAACUAUUAAAACCUUUUUCAAUCAUAUUUAUUAUAAGAAAAGAUCUAAAGUUUGGGGUAAAUGUUUUUAGCCUAGCAAUAUUGUCCCGUCUCGCUGUUCCUGAGGCUCCUCUGUGGAUCACGGGGCGGCGGAGGGCGCCGGCUCUUUGCGUCGUGUUCAGAUCCAAACGAGGUACUUUGAUCAAACGUGGACCCGUUAAAGAGCCGGCCCGCUCCUCCGGGCCGGGUCGGCCGGGGAACGGGGACCUCCUGUUGCCAUGGCGACUCUGAGUCCCUCCUCUUUGCGGUCCAGAGGCGCCGGCACAGCGCCAGGUCCGGUUUUUUACCUUUUUAAAGAGGCUCCCUGGUUCUGGUUCUGUGGCCCGUUUUAACAGGAGAGCAUGAAUUAUUUUCAAUUCCUCUCACUUUGAUAUCUGUUUAUAUCUCGAUGGAUUUGUAAUUUUCUGUAUUGUGCAUUUCAUUUCGUUUUUACCUCUUUGGUUCCUGUGGGGGGGUUGUUAACUUCUGAGUGAAGGGUUCUGUUGGACUGUUCUGUUUGGACCGUAGAGCAGAAGGCCAUUCACUUGUUAUAAUUAUUAUUAUUAAUAUUAUGUGACAUGUUAAUUUUUUUUAGCCUGCAGGGAAAUCUUGUGUUCAUGUGCAAAGUAAUAAAUUGGUAUUUUAAGCCCUUGAA